AACUCCUCCCUCUUACAACACUUACCAGGAAGAGACUGACUUAUUUCUCCUUUCUGUCAAACUGACUUUAUCUUGACAAAAGCAUAAAAGAAUCGGCUAUCAAUGAAGAACAAAGAGAAAAACCUUCAAGAAGGAUUUUUGAGAAGUUUGUUUCUGAACAGACAGCAGAUCUUUGUGGUUAUUCGUUUUUGAAACCAUCAUUCAGAAAGUGAAAGUAAAGUUUAGACUGCAGGAGCUCAAACAGUGAAAAUGGCUUCACUUUCUGAAGAUGAUUAUAUUUGUCCCGUGUGUCAUGAAAUCUUCAGUGUUCCUGUUAUUUUAUCAUGUAGUCACAGUUUCUGUAAAGAGUGUCUUCAACGGUUCUGGAGAACCAAGGAAACUCGGGAGUGUCCUGUCUGCAGGAGAAGAUCCUCAAAACCUGAACCUCCAUUUAAUCUUGCGUUAAAGAACUUGUGUGAGUCGUUCCUGAAGGAGAGAAAUGAGAGGCGUUCAUCAGGAUCUGAGGAGAUCUGCAGUUUACACAGUGAGAAACUCAAACUCUUCUGUCUGGAGGACAAACAGCCUGUGUGUUUAGUGUGCAGAGAUUCAAAACAACACGACAAUCAUAAAUUCAGACCCAUCGGUGAAGUGGUUUCAUCAUAUAAGGAGGAGCUCAAUACAGCACUGAAGUCCUUACAAGAGAAACUUAAACACAAUGAAAACAUUAAAGGAGAGUCUGAGAAAACAGUUCAACACAUCAAGUCUCAAGCUGAGCACACAGAGCGUCAGAUUAAACAGCAGUUUGAGAAGCUUCAUCAGUUUCUCAGAGAUGAAGAAGAAGCUACAAUCACUGCACUGAGGGAGGAAGAGGAGCAGAAGAAGCAGAUGAUGAUGGAGAAGCUGGAGGAGAUGAACAGACACAUCUCAGCUCUUUCACACACAAUCAAAGACAUGGAGGAGAUGAUGAAAGCCAGUGACGUCUGCUUUCUGAAGGAGUUUCCAGUCUCAAAGGAAAGAGUCCAGAGCUCCCGGCCGGAUCCACAGAUGGCUUCUGGAGCUUUGAUUCAUGUGCCACGUUACUUGGGAAACCUGCCAUUCAGAGUCUGGAAGAAGAUGCAGGACAUCGUCCAAAACACUCCUGUCAUUCUGGAUCCAAACACUGCGAGUCCAUAUAUCGUCCUGUCUGAUGAUCUGACCAGUGUGAGAAAGAACGUCAACAAACAACCUCUUCCUGAUAAUCCAGAGAGAUUUGACCAUUAUCCCUGUGUUCUGGGAUCAGAGGGAUUUAACUCAGGAACACACUGCUGGGAUGUGGAGCUUAAAGAGAGUUCAAAGUGGAUUCUUGGAGUAACUACAGCAUCAAACCAGAGGAAGGGAGAAGAUUUCUUUAGCACUGAUGAUGUCUGGUGUGUGUAUUGGGAACAGUUUAAACAGAAGCUUGAUCGAGUGAGAGUGAAUCUGGACUAUGACAGAGGAACGGUGUCAUUCUCUGAUCCUGUAACUAACACACAUCUACGCACACUCACAACCACCUUCACUGACACACUCUUUCCAUUAUUCAGUUUUUCUCACUCUCUGAGGAUCUUACCGGUCAAUAGUCAGUAAUCGUCACUCCUGUAGGUCUGGAUCUUCUGCUUUCAUCAUAAAUAAAUCAAUCAUGUAAUGAUUUUGUAGAAAUUAUAGUAUAAUACUGUAAAGCAGAGAGGAUGUGUUAAAAAUGAAACAACUUGUGUUAAAUUUUUACACAUUAAUGGGUGUUUAGGAAUAACGCAUAUUGUGUUAAUUUUAACCCAUUCAUUGUGUUAAUGAGUUAAGUGUUUCAGAAAGAUUAAAACAAAGAAAAUGUGUAAAAUUACCAUGUGCUGUUCUUGGAUACACACAUUGUGUUAAAAACACCUAAAAUCCUAAACAAAACAUUAGCGUUUGACAAAAUUAAUGUAAAGUCAUUGGUUGUUUAUCUUAUUGUCAAAAAAACAAAACAAUAAAAAUAUAAUAAAAUA